UUGGAAGAGCUUCCCAGCAGAAGGCACAACAAUGGCAACGAUACCGGUCCCAUAUAAAAAAACUGUAUUCUUGCCUGUUGGUACUUCAGUGAAAAUCCAAGGGACACCUUCCAAGUCAUUCAGCAUGUGCCCAGAACUGCAGGUGGAUUUCCACACUGGAACUCAAGAGGACUCAGAUGUCGCCUUCCAUUUCCGCGUCUACUUUGGCAAGCGUGUGGUGAUGAACAUCCGUCAGGGUGGGAAGUGGGGUCAAGAAGUGCAAUCCUCUGUUAUGCCCUUUGAGAAUGGCCAACACUUUGAACUGGGCAUCUUGGUGCUGUCCAAGGAGUACCAGGUGAGUGUGCCCAGGAGCAUCCCGUACAUGGGCUCUCAGGGCUCUCACAGGAGCACACAGCUCUCCCUGGCCUGGCCCCCAGAGUCACUUGUGGUUCAUCUCCUGCCCCUCUCAUCACAGAGCACCCUCUGCUUGCACUGCCAUGCUCAGGUCCUUUUCCAAAUCUAAGCAGGUCAAGAUCAGCCCACAUGCCUUAUUCUCCAGGGUGGAGAAGUUCCUGUCUUCACUCACAGCCUCAUUUCUACCUAUGCUGUCAUUCCUUCAGUUUUCAUGUAGGUGAUUGUUAAAAUAUGCAUAUAAAUAAUUAUAAUCAGUCUAAAAUUAAGUCUUUCCUACAUUCCCAAACCCAGUCCCAAUCUCCAGAGCAACACUUACUAAUUCCUUUAUGCUCCUUCCAGUGAUACUAUGUGCUUG